AUGGAUGCCAAGCUGCCACCUCGUCAGCAGCCGGCGGUGUCUUCCGCCCCUCAGGGCGAGCAGGUGCUUCCCAUCCAUUUGGCGGCUCAUCCUCCGUGGCCGCAGGAUCCUCCUCUUCCUCCCCAGAUUCCCCCGGUUUCUUAUCAGAACUCUGUUCCUGUCUCGGGACCUGUCCCUGUCUCUGUACCUGCCACGGUACCUGGAAUUACACCUGUACAGCCGACGCUGACGAAUCCCCCGCUAUCAUCGCCCACUGCGCCAUAUACGAAUGAGCAGCAGACAGCAUCGACGGCAGUCGACUCAACCCGUCAAGAUGUAGGCAAGACACCCGCGCCGAAGCCUCGCAAAUCGCGCAAGGCCGACAAUGCAUCGGGGGGUCGGUCGACGCUGUUCUGGGUCAAUAGCGACCAGCAAUCAGUGUCCGAGGGGACGCGAGAGGAUACCCUGAAGCGCAUCCGCUCGCACGUCAUGUCCGAACACAAUCGGAAAAAGAGGCUUGAGAACACCAAACGCUAUAAGAGUAAGACGUGGAAACAUCUUGCUUUUCAGCCGGUGGAGACUGCUGCAGCUGGCCCCGGCCCUGCAGCCAUAGGUCCCAUGCCUCCCCCACCCGGGAGAUCGUCUGUAAAAGCGUCCUCCGCCAGUCGAGGAAAACAAGCAUCACGACAGGGUCAUAAUAACAAUGAUAUCACCAAUGACAUGGUUGUCACCAGUGCUCCUGGGCAUCCUGCUAUCAUAGCGACUGGCGCUUCUGGUGCACAACCAUAUGGUUAUGCAGUCGCCCCGGCUCCGUUGUCGUCGCCGACGAUGUACCUAGGCCAUGGCGCCCACAGGGACCCAUUUAACAUGGCACAUACACAACUGACGGAUCGCAUGUUUCGACAUCUUCAACGCUUCUUGUUUGAUCUCACGCAUAUUGCGUAUCCUCUACAACGGCGAUAUGGUCCGAAGCUGCAGGCGCAUUGGGCCUCACUGAUUCGAAGCGAUCCCGCCUCGCUGCACGCUUCGAUCUGCGUUGCGGCGUCCAACGCAGCACUGCAUACGGGAGAGUUUCCUAUGGUUGAUCCAAACAAACGGGGGUCGAGUCUGCUGCUGCUGGACACAUUCCACCACCGGGGAGAGACGAUCCGGCUGGUCAACGAGGGACUGUCAGAUCCGAUCAAGGCUUCCAGCGACGAGCUGAUUGCUGCGGUGUCCAUGCUGCUAACGAUCGAGAUCGCAUCUGGCAACCCCGAUUACCUGAAAGUUCACCUAGCAGGGCUGAGACAGAUGGUGGGCAUGAGGAACAAGUUCACCGACGUUCCCCCCGACGUCCGCUACCAAAUUUCAUGGACGGACAUUCGCGUUGCUUGCAUGGCAUUCACCAAGCCCAUCUUUCCAUUUGUCCGCGACCCUCGCCCAGCCCACAUGGCUCCCAUCAUCCCGCCCACCAAGGAGCUCGAAUGCACGGCGUCACGCCUCAUCGCGCUGAUGAAGAUCCCGGGCAUCUUCGGCGACGUUUUAUCGCAGGUGAUCACGGACCUCCUCGAACUCGUCUGGUACGCCGAGUGGAUCAAGGGGCCCGUGUUCCAGGAGUUCAACGAAGAAACCGAAAACUACUUCAACACCGAAGUCCUGUACAUCGAAUACGCCCUGCACGCGGACCGGUACACCGCGCGCGGCGAAGCCAAAGGCGACGCCUCGAUCGAAGGCUGCGUGCGGCUGGCCUGCUUCAUCUACCACAACACCGCCAUCUGGGACUUCUACCCGAACAUCGGGCCGGUGUUCCCGAAGCCCAUCAUGGGGUUGCGCACGGCGCUGGAGUCCAUCAUCCCGACGGGGUGCUUCCACCUCUGCCGCGAUCUGCUCACUUGGCUGCUGUUCAUGGGCGCCUGCGCCUCCAAGAUGAUGAUCUUGGAGCGGACGUUCUUCGUCACGGAGCUGGCCACCGCCGUCCGCAUCCAGGGCAUCCGGUCAUGGCAGGACCUGCGUGCCUCGCUUAUGAACUUCUUCUACGUGGACCGGGUGUACUUGACUCCGUUGCGGGAAUUAUGGGAUGAAUUGCGCGUGAUGCAAGCCCCUGAUGAUCAGGCUUGA